UCGUGACAGGUUGUCCAGCUCCUUACAGCUAUCUUCCCUCAAAACAUAAAGUUAACUUUUAUUUUCUGACCGAUGGAGUCAAUUAUUUGAAGUUAUUUCAGUGCCAAAGAACCUGAAGAAGCACCAUCACUUUGGUUACUUUUAAUCUCUUACUUAGGAAUCAUUGUCCACUGUGCCAGAGUGCCAGAGUUGGAUUUCAACAUCUGGAGGAAUUAGAAAAGCAUGCAAGACAAUACUUCUGAAUCUUCAACUUCAAUAACUCAACUUCUGAGAGAGAGCUAUUUAGCUGAAAACAGCCGUCCAGGUAAUAGUGAAAGGAGUAGAUCAGAAUCUUCUCUGAAUUCUGUCCAUUCUGGGUGUACCUCCAGGGCUUCUGAUGAGGUAACCGGCCAGGAUGAACUUCCAGAUCUUUCUGCCUUUUUGAGCCAAGAAGAGCUAGAUGAGAGUGUUAAUUUGGCCAGGCAAGCUAUCAAUCAAGAGCCACCUGAGAACAGCCCAGAAGAAGAGCAGCAGAUACACGUGUUCUUACCCUCCGAGUUGAAAAACUCUGAAAAUAUUAUUUCAAAGAAGCAGCAGCGCCAAUCUACAGCCUCACCAACUUCAGGCAGCCAUCCAAAGAAGCAGUCGCCAUUUGGGUCAGAGACAGAAUCAAAGAAAGAGUUGCUCAACAAGGCUGCCGAUUUUAUUGAGGAGCUCUCUUCUCUUUUCAAAGCACACAGUUCAAAAAGAAUCAGGCCCAGGACAUGCAAAAACUACAGGAGCAAACUUGAAUCUAAACACAAGGCCCACCAAGACAAUUUGUCUGAAAACAGGGAAAGGCCUUGUGUUCCAAUAUCUCAAGAGUCAGAUCAAAUCCAGCCUUUGCUGGAAAACCCAGCUUAUCCUCAACAGGCAGAUGUGGAAGUGGUCCAUACAUUAGAAAAUCCAGAAUUAAGCACAGAGUCGUCAGUCGCACCUUUUUAUUCUGAGGAGCCAAUAGGUCAACCGCCACAUUUUACUCAGAAACUCAAAAGCAGAGAAGUCUCUGAAGGAACCAAAGUGCAGUUGGACUGCAUUGUAGUAGGAAUACCAACACCUGAAAUCAGGUGGUAUUGUGAAGGGAAAGAGCUUGAAAAUUCACCAUAUAUUCAAAUCAUCCAAUCAGGAGAGCUGCAUUCACUAAUUAUUGUUGAAGCUUUUGAAGAAGACACUGGGCGCUACUCCUGCUUUGCGUCCAACAUCUAUGGGACAGACUCAACAUCUGCAGAGAUUUAUGUAGAAGGGGCCUCGUCUUCAGAAUCUGAAAGCGACAACAACAAAGAAGAAAUGGAUCGCCUUUUCCGACUUUUUCCCAGGUACCAAAACCAGAUUAAGACCUCAUCCACUGCACCUCCUCCUGCUCCCCUUCCUCCCGCUCCUCUUCUUGCUAAUUCUUCUGCAAGCCAUCAAGAAGCUAUUCAACCACAACCUUUGAUGAAACAUCCUGUCUCAGUUCCUGUGUAUCAGAAUCAGAGCCCUACUAAUUAUUUACAAGGACUGGAUGGAAGACCCCUAAUAGCUGCUCCUGUGUUCACCAAGAUGCUACAAAAUAUAUCCGCCUCUGAGGGUCAGCUGGUCGUGUUUGAAUGUCGGGUGAAAGGAGCGCCUUCUCCAAAAGUGGAGUGGUACAGAGAAGGCACAUUGAUAGAAGAUUCUCCAGACUUUAGAAUAUUACAGAAAAAACCUCGCUCCAUGGCUGAACCGGAGGAGAUCUGCACUUUGGUCAUCGCUGAAGUCUUUUCAGAAGAUUCAGGAAGUUUUACAUGCACGGCGAGCAAUAAAUAUGGGACCGUCUCCAGCUCAGCUCAUCUAAUUGUUAAAGGGCCUAUGGACCAGACAAGUAAUGCUGCUCUUCAUACCAUAAGUUCGCUCAGUUUAGUGGCUUCUGAGCACCAGCCUUCCGCGUCUACCCCUUCACUUUCAUUGGUGGAUAACCCUCCAAAACCUAAAUUGGAAAGCGUUCUGGUAAAUCACAAUGAGCCCCGGUCAAGUUCCAAAAUUGGCCUCCGUGUGCACUUUAAGCUCCCUGAGGACGAGAAGGGAAGUGAAACGUCAUCAGAAGAUGGAGGCGGACCUAAAAAUCAAGCCAGACCAAACAGUUUCCCAAAUAAAAUCAACGGACAGCCUUUUAAACUUCAGGAGCCCUCUUCACCCUCCAAAGAGCCACCACCUGUCCUGGCUAAACCUAAACUGGAUGCUACCCAGUUAAAACAACUACACAAUCAGGUGUUGUUUGAGCAACAGCAAAUCUAUCAGCCAUCUCACCCAGUUCCACCAGAGUCAUUAUUCAAUACUGGCCCAGGAAAAUCGGCUACUUUGCCCAUUCAGCACCAGCACCAGAAGCAACCUGCAUCAGCUACACACAAGCAGAACAAGGUUCCUUCUACACAGACGUUCACAUACACCCGACCUAAACAGUUCCUGGCACCUCAAAACACCUCAGCAGCCAGUAGCCCUUCUAGCUCCUCUGUGUCUUCUUUCAGCAGCGUAUCUCAAGGAACCCAGAAAACAACGAAGAAGGAAAACCUCUUAGUAUCUCCUCCACCCGCCCAAUCAAGAUCGCCAGGAGGGUUGACAAACCAAAUGGAGCAGCUUCUUCCGAGUCCCAGAGAACAUGUGUUGCCACCACUUCUGCUCUCUGUGUCUAACAUGAACCAGUUCCAGCCCCAAAAUGUGCUUCCUACACCCCUGUCUCCUACUGGUCGGAUUCAGAAUCCCGUAGCUUUCCUGAGUGCUGUUCUACCUGCGCUUCCUUCUACACCCCCAACAAAUGCCAUGGGUCUGCCUAAAUGUGCACCUGCUGUGGGAAGCCAUGGAAUGCUGAAGAAAAAUUUCAACCCUUCGCAGUCAUCAACAGAGGAUGCCAUGAAAGAUCAUAAAGACGCCGUCGUGAGAGGUUUAGAGAAACGGCUGCAUUUAUGGAAUGACGAAUCUUUCCAGAGUCAACAGAAAACAGCCUAUGAGGAAAAUCUGGCUCGCGGGCUACAGGGACCCAGCCCUCAUUCCCCAACUUUCAACUUUACCGCUGAGGAAGUAUCCCAGGAAUAUAAAAUUUCCAACUUUGAGCAGAGAUUAAUGAACGAAAUAGAGUUUCGGCUUGAACGUACCCCCGUGGAUGAAUCAGAUGAUGAGAUCCAACAUGAUGAGAUCCCUACCGGCAAAUGCAUUGCUCCAAUUUUUGACAGGAGACUCAAGCAUUUCCGUGUCCUGGAAGGAUAUCCAGCUACGUUCACUUGCAAAAUUGUUGGAAUCCCCGUACCCAAGGUAUACUGGUUUAAGGAUGGCAAACAGAUUUCGAAGAAGAAUGGACAUUUCAGAAUGAUUCGCGAUGGGGAUGGAACUUGUUCUUUACAUAUUGAAGCUACUACAAAUGAUGAUGAUGGAAACUACACAUUCAUGGCUGCCAAUCCUCAGGGAAGAAUCAGUUGCUCUGGUCGUUUGAUGGUUCAGACUCCUUCACUACGGAGUAGAUUAUCAACAACGAUCCAGUCUCACAGGGGAAGGUCCCGUGUAUCAGAAAGAGAUCGGGAACCUCUGCAGGAACGUUUUUUUCGGCCAUAUUUCCUGCAGGCACCUGGGGACAUGGUAGCCCACGAAGGCCGGCUUUGCAGACUCGAUUGCAAGGUAAGUGGCUUACCGCCACCAGAUCUGAUGUGGCUUCGGAAUGGCAAGCCUGUGUUACCAGAUGCCACUCACAAAAUGCUGAUCAAAGAAAAUGGAGUGCACUCUUUACUUAUUGAUCCUCUCAGACAAAGCGAUGCUGGAAUCUACACCUGCAUAGCCACCAACAAAACAGGACAAAAUUCCUUCAGCUUGGAACUGUCUGUUGUAGAAAAGGAAGUUAAAAAAGCCCCGGUGAUACUAGAGAGACUACAGAACUGUGGGGUACCAGAAGGACAUCCUGUCCGAUUAGAAUGUAGAGUAAUUGGGAUGCCACCCCCAAUAUUUUUCUGGAAGAAGGACAAUGAAACCAUACCUCCCCACAGGGAGAGGAUGAGUAUGCACCAAGAUGCUACCGGAUAUGUUUGCCUUUUGAUUCAGCCUGCCAAAAAAGUAGAUGCUGGUUGGUACACUUUGUCUGCGAAAAAUGAAGCCGGUAUUGUCUCUUGCACUGCUAGACUUGACAUAUACGCUCAGUGGCAUCAACAGAUAUCUCAGCCAAUCAAAUUUCGCUCAGGCAACACCCGGUAUACACACCUCACUGGACAAGGAAUCGACAUAUUCUCUGCUUUCUCCACAGUCGAGAAUUCAGCACGCUUUUCCUCUCCCUCCCAGCCUGUGGUAGAAAGUGAAGAACUGUAAGGAAAAAAACGUUCACAUUCUCCCUGAAAAUAAAGCAAUACUAGAACUGUGAAAAGGAACAGAAGGAGACACGCUGAAACAUUUAAGGUUUACAGCUAGUAUCAUUGAAAGACAGUAAAGAUCUUGAGCGCCGAGAUUUCAGUGCAGAUCAUACCACGCAGCUGUCGUGGGAUAGAAUAUCCCGUGACAACUUUUGUGCUGUGUUACUUUUGUUCCGCGGGUGAUGAAGAAAAGUGACCUAGUUUUCAGCUGUUAAAAAAGUAAAAAAACUAAUAAUAGAUGUGCCGAUUUUCCUGCUAAGAUUUUAAGGCAGUGAAACAGGCACUUGGUUAAGAUUUGGAUAGCUGUCUAAAAGGUAACAAGAUGGACCUUUGCAGCAAUGGUAGUCAUUCUGAGGAAGGAGAAACCAAACGCAGGGGCAUCUGGAAAGGGAAAGAAGCUCGAAAAAGUCAAGAUGGUGGUUUCCACCAAUCUCCCAUGACGCCAUCUUACUUUUUGGAUCCCCUACACACACACUUCUAAAUCUCUGAUUUUGAAUACUAUGUUUUAAGGGUGGCUUGGUAAUCACAAAACACAGAUCCAAUGCCAAAAAAAUAAAACUGUGAUUGAUCAGUUUGCUAAGAAUUCAUACAAAUGAAAUAAUUAGCCAACCCAAAAUUAGAUAAAUGUAGCAUUUCAGAUAGAAACUGCUUCCAAACAAUAGAAGUUUUUAAAAGAGUGACUCUUAUACUCAUGUACCUUGCACCCGAAGAGGGCUCUUAAUAUUAGUGUUAAGGUGCCCUGUUGUUAGGCUGCAGGCAUACGCUUACCUUAAAGUAAGUCCACUCAACUAUAAGAGCCUUACUUCUGAGGAAUAUGUAUAGGAUCAUACUGCAAUUAGCUAUAAAACAGCUUAUGUACCACAAAGCCCAUAUUAUAGUCAUCCCACAGCUCCCAAUGGUAGAUACAUUUUAAAGCAUGCUUAUUUUUUUUUCUUUUUCCAUAUUUAGAAAUCAAUAUUUGAACAAAAACAAAAAUGCCUUGCAUAUUGUUUUUGUUUCUUUGGCCUUUAGAUAGGAUUUUUUUUCCUAUCUUCAGAAUUCUACAUAACCUGCAUAUAUACAUACCUAUUAUCAAAAUGGGUUAGGAUAUUCCCUUUAAAUUAUAGCCUUCUUGCAGGCAUGGUUGGGUCUGAAUUAUUGCAUUUUUUUUUCCUACUUGGUGAUAAUCCUAUUCCUUUACAACAACCUCACCUCUAUUUUUCCUCAUUUUGAGCAUUCAGAGGUCAUUGUACCGAGAAUAAAAUUCAUCUGUAGAUGACACCAAUUAAAGAAAAAGGAAUUAUCAUUUAGUCCAAACUUAACAAUCAAACGUCAUUCAUGUCGGAUAUUGAUUGACCUCCCAUAUUUAAAACAAAUAAUUCAGAGGCCAUAAAGCAAAGAGGUUUUGUUAGCACAUGAUAUAAAUCAGUAUAUGCAAUUAACCAGUUUUAUUGCAUUCUGCUUUUAUUCAAUAUUCUAAAUGAAGACCUAUUAAAGUUUGAAAUACAUAUUAGCAUUUUCAGUGGUGGGAUUCAAGUAAUUUAACAACCGGUUCUCUGUCCUAAUGAUUUCUUCUAACAACCAGUUUGCCAAACUGUUCAGAAAGUUAACAACUGGUUCUCCCGAAGUGGUGCGAACUGGCUGAAUCCCACCACUGGGCAUUUUUAUGCUUAAGCUAUAACUCAGAUAUAUGAUGCUAAUUUCACUGUGAAAGAAUACAAUUAUUUCCAUCAGAUUUGCCAAAGAACUUUGUAAUACUGGGUAUUAUUAGCAGUGAAUAGUUAUUGGCUAUAUAUUUUAAACGAAGUCUCAAUCCUCUGAAAAACUACAACUAAAUUGAAAUCCAACUCAGGAUUAAAGUAUUUUGAACUUUGCACUAUUACUAGGAACUCACUGGCAUUAAUUACGGCAUUUUAUAAUCCAAUCCAAGCCUAUUUUCUUUUUGGGGUGUUUCAGGGAUGGGCUUCAAAAAUUUUAGCAAGGGUUUCUCUGCCCACUUGCUGGGUGGGCAUGGCCAUGGUGGGCGUGGCCUAGUCAGCCUUCUGCACCGUGGCGGGGGGGUCCUUUUUGCCCUCCCUGGGCUCUGGAGGCUUUCCUUGAGCCUCUGGGAGGGCAAAAACGGCCUCCCCAGGCUCUGGAGGCCUUCUGGAGUUCUUCCGCGUGCACCCUGCACUUACCUGCAUCCAAAACGGGCCACGUGGGGACUCCUGGGAGGAGGGGCAGCCAGGAAUGGGAUUUGGGGGGUUCUCCGAACUGCACAGAAUCUUAGCUAGAGGUUCUCCCGAACCCCUGCGAACCCCCCCAGCAGAAACUGGGCUGUUUCUGGGUGAGAUAGAAAAGGAGAUUUUCUAGGAAGCUGUAGUCACCACACAUUCAGAAAGGGGAAACCUGGUUUAAGUAGUUUUUCUCACUAGUGUCUUCCAUGUAUUUGGGGCUACAGCAUGCUGAAAGUUAUAAUCCUCAUGCAGCUGGAGAAUUCCAGAUCGGAGACCCCAUCCUGAGAGGUAUGUGCCUUAAAAAGAAAUUUGAAUGAAGAGAAAGUGACCUCAUCAAAAUAAUACAAGUAGACUUCAACAAAUGACCACCCAUGGGACCAGUAUAUCUGUUGCUAAGUGAUGCUGUCAUUAAAUAAGUCACCCCUGAUUUCAUGACCUUUUUCCCACAGUUGUUAAGUGAAUCACCAUUGUCAUUAAGCAAAUAUGGAUUUUCCCAUUGACUUGGUUGUGGGAAGCCCACUACGAGGUCACAAAUUGCAUUUACAUGACAUCAAGAUGCUGCAACUAGCAUAAAUACUUGCCGGUUACCAAAUGCCCAAACUUCCAUUAAAUGUCCACAGGGACACUGUGACAAUUGUAAAUGCAAGGGCUGGCUGUCAUAAGACAAUUUUUUUUCAGCACCAUCAUAAUUUUGAAUGGUCAUUAAGCACGUGGUCAUAGGUCGAGGACUAUCUGUAUGAGAUUUCCAGUAACUGUUGACCCUGGGAAUAACGUUUCUCUGACUUCUGUCAUUUCUUCCUAGUUAUCAGAAGUUAGUAUCUUGUUCCUAGGAAGGCCUGGUGCCCCGGAAAGCAUCUUCUCUGCUUUGUUAUAAAUGAAGCCGGAAUCUAAAUCUGGAUUACUCAACCUUGUCAACUUGAAGAGAUGCGCAUGCCAAUUUCCAGAAUUCCCCAGCAUACUGGCUGGGGAAUUCUGGGAGUUGGCGUCCGCACCUCUUCAAGUUGACACGGUUGAGUAAUAAAGCUCUAAGUUAAUGUGUGAUUGCCAUGAGAUCAAGCUGUUUCAUUAAAAUCCCAAAUGCUCUUAUAGAGGCAAUUGAAGCUUCCCAACUGAGCAGAAUAUGAGAAGGUUCUCUUCUAAAUUUUGAUCAAGACAACGGUUCCAAACAAGAGUUGUAAAAAUCUGUUUGGACAGGUUCAUAUUAUAAAGAAAGAUUGAAGACAUCCCUUAAGUAUUAAAAGAAAUACUGUUCUUGUACCCAGGUAGCUUAAACAGAAAUACGAUGGCAAAGAAAAUAGAAAGCGUUAUGUGAGAACAAUAAUGUAUUUCAGCAGCAUAAGGAUUCACUGAAGUCAUGCAACUUCCCACAGGUUUGUAAAAAUAAAAAAAAUAGUCUACUUUCAUAUGGAAAAUGUGCCAGGAGAAAAUUUGAGUAUGCCUGAAGAAUCAGAUAUAAAUGAAUGAAUAUCACUGGUUAAUGGUCAUGGUCAUGUAUUGAUGUACAUUUGUGAAAACAUAUAUAUCUCCUGUAGUACAGGGAAUAUGUGUGUGUGUUUUCAAGUUUAAUGAUUAUUUAAUGAAAAUAUUCCAAAAAAACCCACACAUGGACAUUUACACAACAGCAAUUCCUUGCCAUUUGAUCAGUGUUGGACCCAGCAGAAUUUAGCCAAGACAAACUGGCAUAUAGAAAAUAGCCCUUCCUUAACAUGUAUAAUUGAUAUCAAAUCAACUGAAUAGGUAGAUGUAUGUGAAAAAAAAGGUCAUUGUGGCUAUUGAUAUUGCUGAAAGACAAUAUCUUUCAGAAUUUCCAGACUUUUCUUCUUGCAGAAGACAGCUUCAUUUCUCUUUUUUUUAUUUCAUAAACUAGAACCUAAACUUUGCACUAGAAACAAGUUCUUUCCUUUUAUUCAGCCAAAGUCAUUCCUACAAAUUCCCACCAGGAAAGAAAGCUCAUGGAAGCAAAAUAAAUCUUUUUUUUUUUUAAUCCUUGCUGACUUAAUACGGAUGGUGAGUAGAUCUGUGUGCUUCCAAACCAGGGAAGCUAGAAUAAAUGGGUAUCAGUCCCUGGAAGAAUAUUCACUAUCAUAAUCAAAUCAUAUCUUUCAUAAGCCAUUCAGUCUGCUUAAAAGAGGUGGAGCGCUAUAGAACAGGAUGAAGGCAAAAAAGGAAGCGAGGAAAAGAAAUGCAUGGCUUGAAUGAAAGUGCAUUCAGGAUUGGAUGGAGCCCAAGAGCUUCUACAAAGCAGUGUUUCUCAACCGUUGUAACUUUAAGACAGGUGGACUUCAACUCCCAGAAUUCCUCAACCAGUCAUGCUGAAUGGGGAAUUCUAGAAGUCCACACAUCAGAGGUGGGUUUCAGCAGGUUCUGACCAGUUCUGGAAAACCGGUAGCGGAAAUUUUGAGUAGUACGGAAAACCGGUUGUAAAAAUUCUGACUGGCCCCGCCCCCAUCUAUUCUCUGCCUCCCAAGUCCCAGCUGAUCGGGAGGAAAUGGGGAUUUUGCAGUAUCCUCCCCCUGGGGUGGAGAGGGAAUGGAGAUUUCACAGUAUCCUUCCCCUGCCAUGGCCACCAAGCCACACCCACCAAGCCAUGCCACGCCCACCAAGCCACACCCACAGAACCAGUAGUAAAAAAAUUUGAAGCCCACCACUGCCACACGUUAAAGUUGUGAAAGUUGUGAAACACUGCUGAAAAGCAUGUCCACAUUCUUCUAUUAAUAUAUUUAUUGGGACUCUGGUUCGUUUUCUGAACCUAAUAAAUUCCAAUAAAAGAUUAGAGAAUCCAAAGUACUCUAAAAAAACCCUUUUUUGUGUGUAAGAGGAUACUACAAAGCAAAGAAAAUGCUUUUGUGCUUUGAGAUUGUUUCACAUGCAGUAUACCAGCGCCGAAUUUAGAAAGCCUUUUUCAGUGAAACCAACCAUGAAGUAUCGCUGUGUGAAAGCACAACUUCAAAAAUGUAACAAUGGGCAUAUUCUGUAGAAAUCUUAGUGAACAUUUGAAAAAAUGGAUUCACCACAAAUAAUCCUGGGGAGUCACUUGGAAUCUUCAUGUUUCUCAUAUAAGUCAGCAAAGUACAAAUAUAAUAAAUGAUAGCACCAUUGUCUUCUUAUUUCUGAUGUAAAAAUAUUUUUUAAAAAAAAUAAUAGAUCAAUUGAUCCACAACUGCUUUGUUAUAAACUCUUGAUUUGUGUCAUAGAAAGGCACAGUAUAAUAUAUAUAGGGAACUGUUGUAAAAUUCACAGCAAGACACUGUUCUGUGUGGUAAAAAAUGACUUCCUCUAUCCAGUUUAAUCAAUACCUGAAUUAAUAUAGAUGGGAAAUCAAAUGAAAUUUCCUACCUGUUAAAUGAAGUAUGUGUUGCACAACUCAAUGGCCUUACAUUCUACCAAUAUGAAGUUGUUAUUUUUUCCAUUAAAAUGGGUUUUUAAUCCUAGUAAUAUAUAAGGUACAUAUCUUUGAGGGAAAGAGGGAGGGGAAUGAGCAGUAUGUUCUAAAGUAUAUUUUAAAUGCAUAUAAUGAAAAAUGCCAAACUGUUCAGCAAAUGUGUUUUUCCUCAUCCAUUGAAUAAAUGCUUCAGAGUGGCAUUAUACAACUAUCUCUUUGCCUGUGUCCCUGGGGAACUGUUAUCCAAAAUAUUACAGAGCCAAAGGCUUUUUCCAGGUUGUCUUUAGAGUGCAAGUCAUGAUAACAGAUGAUAUCCAUUGAAGCGGGCAUGGAACACCUGUGUUCUCCCUUAAUGAGGGUGACUCACACCCCAAAGAUAGUUUCCGUGUGCAGAUCUGAAGACAAUCCUGUUGUCCUCAAGGCCCCGUGCCUCGUUUGGCUACAGAAUGUGCAUUUGGAGACAUUCUCCAAGGAAGUCUCAUCAUUGAUCAUCACCUUGAAGAAGAAGAAUUGCACCCAAACACCAAAACAUAUACCAUAUUUUUCUGUAUUUAAGACGACACUUUUACUG